AAUAAUGCUUCACGUACAAGACUCCUUUGGACAUAAUUCAAGCCUUUUGAUGACUCCUCCAGUGACAGCUAUUGUCCAACCACAACCAAGCACUUCUUCUAGAUCAAACAAGGUAGUUGAGCAAUUAGGUAGUAAGUUAGACAUGGUUCAUAGAGAUAUCGCAGCUACUAGACAGCAAUUGGAAACGAUUCGCCAAACAAAAUUGCAGCAUGAAAAAGAUUCUUUGAACUACACAAACUCUAAUAAAUUAUUUCGAACUCGCAUUAAAGAAAUUAUGCAGAUUCUGGAAUCGAAGCAAAAAAUAUUAGAAGGCACAAAGGGUUCUUCCAGCCAACUUGAAUUAAAAGUAAAGCAGCUAAAAGAUGAAGCAUUGGCCUCUCGUCAUCAACUGGAAGACUUGAGAAGAAGAGAACAGGUGUUGGAACAUGAUCGUGAUGUGGCCGUAAAAGAAAAAAACCAAAUCAAACAAAAGCAAAACCUCCUUCAGGAUUCAAUUGAUCAACUCCGUAUUAGAUGUGAACGAGAAAUGGCCUUACUGCAAAAAGAUUACUCUGUCCUUAUUGAGCAAGCAAGAAAUAUCACUGAUAGAAAUGAGCAUCUCAUUGAAUUAAUCACUUUAAAGCUAAAGCAGAGAAGACAGUAUAUCGAGAGCCUGGCUUUGAUGAAAAGACAGCUUCGAUCAAAUACCGAAACUUUUGUAGAAAAUGUAAGGACUCAUCUGCAAGCGUUGAAAACGGAGAUUCAAGACUCUGCAUUGCAGACUAAAGAUUGCACUAUAGCUGCAAUACAAUGUCGAGGUGAAGUGAAUGGUCUUGUCACAAGAAUUAAAACAAUUGCUGCUGAAAUUACUGCCUCUGAAGAAAGAUCAUAA